AGAUCCUUCUUGUUGCUGAUGUUGAAAUCCUCCUAGAGUUGUCCGAUAAUGUUGCCAAAAAUGUCCGCAAAACUUCAGUUUCCGUUUAAACUUCACUGCACUGCUCGUCUUCCUCUUCGGUGGUCAAUGAAUCUCUGUCGUCGUCAUUCGUCUGCACCAUGAUCACUGGGGUCUCGUCAACUGGACAUCUAUGAGCAACUAUUGCGGUCACAAUGCAAUCGCCUGUGAUGUUGCAUGCUGCUUGGCAUCGGUCCAUGAACCAAUCAAUGGCAACAAUAUACCCAAAACCAUGAGGAACAUCCGCGGUUCCAAAUACCGUGUUAUAGGCUGUAAUCAUCAAUACCAGACCUGCCGAUGGAACCGGAGCUGUCCCCAUGCUUCCAAUGGUUGCAAUGAUGAUGAGCAUGAAAAAAGACGAUACGGUCACAUCCUCGCCAUUUAACACCGCCAACCAAAUGCAGGCACAUACAAAGUACACAGCACCUCCAUCCAUGUUGACCGUUGCACCAAAAGGAAUUACAAAUCGGGAAAUCGUGUCGGGUGCCCUCCCCGUGGAUUUGACUGCUGCGAGAGAUGCUGGGAUGGUUGCAGCUGAGGAAGAGGUAGCAAACGCCAUCAUUUGUGCCGGGAUAAGCUGCUUCAAAUAGCCAAAUGGAUUCGACUUGGUCAGCAGAGCAAAUAAUCCAAUGUAGAUGACGACUACCUGCAAACCCCAUCCCACAAUUGUCGAUGCCAUCAAGAGACCAAUGCUUGAAAACAUAGAGAAGAGAUCUUCUUGUUCUCCGACAGCAGAGGCAAUCARGGAGCAGACGGCAAAUGGUGUCAGAUCAAUAAUCCAGCGGAUAAUGCGUUGGAACACCAAGUCUGUUUCUUUCAGCAUAGUCAUCAGGCUACUUUCACCUCCGUUCUUCUCUUUGAGAAUGACAGGACUUAGUGCGGCACCGAAGAGGACAGCAAAGAAGAUGAUAGCUGUAAAAUUGCUGUCUGCAAAGGCGCCGAUGAUGUUGUUCGGAACGAUUUUCUCGAAAAUUCCCUCGUAGACCGUGUCCGAAAUCGAAACCUGGGUUACAGCGCUAUUGGUUUCAACUAGCGUGUUGUUGAGAUCGUGAAGAAUAAAGGUAGAGUCGAUACCGUCCGCCAAUGCUUUUGAAAUGCAGGUAAUGGUGCCAUUCUUGGCUUCUGCUAAAACCGAGUCAGCGUCGUUGCACCCCAGUUGAAUGUACAACGGUGAAAUCUCCUCUUCGUGAAUGUCUUCUUCUGUAUUGUAGAGUCCCAUAAAUGCGAGAGUAGAUACAAUUCCGAAUAAAGCUGCAGCCAGUGUAGUCGCGAAAUACAAUCCUAUGACGGUGUAUCCGACCGAACUUGCCUUUCCAACACUAACCAUCUCAACAACGGCGACUAUGACGUUGACGAAAACCAAUGGUAGGACAAAACACUGUAGCGCUCGAAGGAAUAAAUCGCCGACUAAACCUAUCCACUUGACGGCAAUAUCUUUCGCAUCUUCAUUCUCUGGCUGCCAUGAGGAAAUUCCAAUUCCUGCUCCGAUUCCUAUGACCGCGAAAAUUAGAAUACCCGUAACUUGAUAGUGACGGAUGAGACCAAAGCACCCGCGUCUUCUCUUCUUGGACGUGUCAGUAUUGCUGUCCAUUGUAGCAUCGUUCUCGUUCGAAUUUUGAAUUCUUUUGGUUUCAAUAUCGGCUUUCAUCAUAUUUUUUUAUUCUUUGUUUGUCUUUAGUUGUUUUUCUUAUUUCUUUUCGUAUUUCUUUUGUCAGGGUUUGAAUUUGUGAGAACGACGAUUUAACAAUUCAAAAACGU